AUGCCCGCCUCUGCCAACAUCACCCGCGCCAAACAGCUUGAACCAACGCAUCCUACUGUCGAAGGCCCUGUUAUUGAACGUCCUGCUGUUGUCGGAAAGUGCGACAAUAUGUGCGUAACUGAUACCAUCAUAUACGCCGUCUCAGGAAACGGCGUUCUUAUCGUGAAUGAGGCUGUCAACUCUGAACUGAAACACCAUGAUCUUGCACCGGGAGACUUUGCCUUUGUUCCCGCCUGGGUCGAACAUCAGGUCAAGAAUGACACAGACGAAGAUGUGCAAUGGCUCAUGAUUCAAAAUGGCUCAACUCCCAUCCGCGCAGACUUGACAGAAUGGGGUGGCGAUGUGAUCCAGUCAAAGAAUUGA